AACUGUUUUUAAAAAUUCUUUUUCUUCUUUUCAUAGCAUUACCAACAGUAAUCUUUUUUUGUUUGGGGAGAGUAGUAUUUCUAAAGAGAAGCAAAGCAGAGAUUUAUUGUUGUUGUUAUUAUUAUUAUCAGAAUUUCCAUUUCCAUAUGCUCAAUCCAUUUCUUCUCCUUCACAACCAAAUUAAAUCCUUGUUCAUAAACUAAAAAUCCCACCUUUGAAACAGAGCAUUCAAAAAUGGUGACUGGUUGGAGAAGAGCUUUUUGUACUUCAAUUCCUAAAAAACAGGACAGCCCUGUUUUACCAGAAAAACAACAACAACAACAACAACAACAAGAAAGCCAUGGUACUAAAAGUCCAAGAUUUUCAUCAAAGUUUGGGUUUUUCUCCAACCCAUCAACACCAAGGUUACGAUCUCAACCGGGUUCAAGCCCCAGUCUCCGUUGCCGAACCGUUUCUACUGCUACUUCAUCCCUUCCAAAUAGCCCCAAGCUCCAUUGCAGAACACCUCAUUUAUCUACCCCUUCUUCCCCUAAAUCCCCUUCUAGUUUCUCCUUCCUUAAAUCCACUCUGUGUAUCUCCAAAGGUGGUCGAUGUGGGAUCUGUUUAGAAAGCGUGAAAACGGGGCAAGGCACGGCGAUUUUCACGGCGGAGUGUUCUCAUUCCUUCCAUUUCCAUUGUGUCGCCGCCCAUAUCAGGAAGCAACAAUUGCAAAUUUGCCCUGUAUGUUCCACCACCUGGAAAGAACUCCCUUUACUCUCCCACGAACAGCGCCAUAAAACUACUUUUGGCGACGUCAAAACGAAACCGUUUCGGGUCUACAACGACGAUGAACCGUUGGCUUCGCCGGUUUCUCUUUCUCAGUUUAACCCGAUUCCUGAAUCCGAGGAAACUGAAGACGACGAUGAAGAGGAAGGGUUCCAAGGUUUUUUUGUUACUCCGACCAGUAAUGCGAGGAAUGUGGAGGUUCAGUUGUCGCAAGAGGCGGCGAUGGUGGCGGCCGGGAGGAGUUACGAGAGUUACGUGGUGGUUAUGAAAGUGAGCGCGCCAAUCGCGACGCAUCGUGGGUUGAAACGUGCCGCGAUUGAUUUGGUUACGGUGUUGGAUAUUAGCGGGAGUGCGAUGAGGUUGCAGAUGGUGAAACGGGCGAUGCGGUUGAUUAUCUCUUUGCUCGACGAGAAAGACCGUUUGUCGAUCGUGAUUUUCUCGUCGAGCUCGAAACGGUUGUUGCCAUUGAAAAGAAUGAGUUCCGGCGGACGACGAUCGGCGAGGAGGAUCGUCGAUGCGUUGGGAAGUAACCGACAAGGGAUGAGUGUCAACGACGCGCUCAAAAAGGCGGCCAAAGUGUUGGAGGAUCGUAGAGAAAAAAACGCCGUCGCCAGUGUUAUGAUCUUAUCGGACUGUCGUGAUAAACAGUCACAGUCCAAUCCCACUAAUCAGAACCUUCCAGUUGUUUCCACCACGCGCUUGGCCCAUUCGGAUAUCCCCGUACAUACCUUCGGUUUCGGAUCGUGCACUCACGCGCCAAACGACGAUGCCUUUUGCAAAAUCGUGAAUGGUCUAUUGAGCGUCGUGGUUCAAGACGUGAGGCUUCAACUCGGAUUCUCAUCCGGUUCUGCCCCGACUGAGAUAUCAUCGGCCUAUUCAUUAACGACUCGACCAGCUCUGAUCGGGUCUAAUUCGGUGCGAGUUGGAGAUCUACAUUUGGGCGAGGAGAAAGACUUAUUAGUGGAAUUGAAAGUACCAGUAACGUCUCGCGGGUCCCAGAGGGCGAUGUCCAUACGAUCUGCUUACAUUGAUCCCUUCACUCAAGAGAUGGUCUACUCGCGAGAUCAAAGCCUAAACUUACCUCGGUUGUCGCAGUCCGUACGACCUUCGUCCCACGGCGGCGCACGGUUGAGGAACCUCCAUGUAAGCACUCGCGCUGUGGCGGAGUCUCGCAGGUUGAUCGAGCGGAACGAUUUAUCAGGGGCUCACCUACUCCUUACCUCAGCUCGAACUUUGUUGAUACAAUCAGGUUCGAAUUCAGCCGAAGAAUUUAUUCGCACAUUGGAAUUUGAAUUAGCUGAGUUAAACCGACGACACCAACGACCACGGGUAAAUAAUAAUACUAAUAACAUUAAUAACGGUCGCGUGGAGGAAAAGGUCGAGCCGUUAACGCCGACAUCGGCGUGGAGAGCAGCGGAGAGAUUGGCUAAAGUGGCGAUCAUGAGAAAGCAUAUGAAUAGAGUUAGCGAUUUGCAUGGAUUUGAAAAUGCCAGAUUUUAGAUUUUUUUAAAAUUUUUUAUUUACUGCUAUUUUGUAACACAAAACAAUGUGUAGUAUGAAUUUACAUAAAAACUAAUAAAACAAAAAAUAGUUUUUUUUC